AGGCUGUGUGAGGGUCCCGUGGCAGAACGGUGGAAAGGUAGCCAAUGCGGGAAAGGAGAUUCGAGGAGGUUGACACGGUGAAGAGGAAACAGCAAUGGGCAAACGCGUGUAUACUCUGGGCCUCCCCGGCCACCCGUCAGCCCCUUUCCUGCCCUUGGUCCUCAGCCCGUGGUGUCUAUCUGGGCUUUGGCUCCAGACACUGAGGCUGGGGCAGGGACCUUAGCUGGGACCUAGGGUCCGGGAGGGAGCUUCAGGGUGAGGGGGUGUUCAGGCCAAGGAGGGCCAGAAAGGGGCCAGGUGAGGAAGGGCCGAGCCUGUCCCAAAAUAGGGCCACAGGACCUCCUGGCCAUACAAGGAUCUUGGAAUCUGGACUCUGGGGACCCUAGGCAGCUGGGCCCAGCUAAAACGCAGCUGACACUUCUGCCCCUCGUCUCUGGUGCCACCGCAGUGUUCUUCCAGCCGGCCGCAGAUAUGACAGAGCGCCUGACAGCUGAGCAGAUCAAGGAGUACAAGGGGGUCUUUGAGAUGUUCGACGAGGAGGGCAACGGGGAGGUGAAGACCGGAGAGCUGGGGCGGCUCAUGAGCCUGCUGGACAUCAACCCCACCAAGAGUGAGCUGGCCUCCAUGGCCAAGGAUGUGGACAGAGACAACAAAGGAUUCUUCAACUGUGACAGCUUCCUGGCCCUGAUGGGGAUUUACUGGGAGAAGGCCCAGAACCAGGAGGGUGAGCUGAGGGCAGCAUUCCGUGUCUUCGACAAGGAGGGCAAGGGCUACAUCGACUGGAACACGCUCAAGUACGUGCUCAUGAACGCAGGUGAGCCCCUCAACGAGGCAGAGGCUGAGCAGAUGAUGAAGGAGGCCGACAAGGACGGGGAUGGGACCAUUGACUACGAGGAGUUUGUGGCCAUGAUGACCGGAGAGUCCUUCAAGCUGGUCCAGUGAGCAGGUGCUGUGGCCCUGGGAGGCCUGCCUGAAGGCCACUGCCUGCUGCCGCCCACACUGCCGCUCAGC